CUCGACACUAUUGAGCGAGCUCUGGCUCCUGUCUCCGAAUCACUCGCCAAUGUCGAUGCCGCAGUCCUAUCUUUGGAUAGUGGCCCAGUCACGGCAAACAACCUCCUCAUCUUCUCUCAGCAAGCCCAGGUGGCUACCGACCAGGCCACAGUCGAUAUCCAGUCUGCUGGCGACCUUGGUGCCUUCAGAGCUGCCAGACUUCGCCGUACCACGGACGCUCUCAUCGAUCAGACGACUGUCACCGUGAACGACUUGGUCUCCCGCAAGCCUGUUCUUGACAACCUUGGUGUCAGUGGCGUUGCAUUGGAGUCCCUCCAGAGGCAGAAGAUCUCCAGCAUGGCAUUGACUGCCGCGCUCGAGGAGAAGGUCCCCAGAGUCGGGCAGAGAAUCACAGCUGAGGGCAGGGCUCAGAUUGAGUCCGUGAUGGACCAGGCAAUCGCCAUCUACUCUGAGCCAGCCGUCGCUGCUGUUCCGGCCGUUUCCCCUCCUCCUGCUACGCCUGCCAACCCCAACGCC